AUGAUGAAUUGGAAUGGUUGCCUCUCUACUGAUGAAGAAAAUGUGAAUUUUGCCCAACAGGAUGGACUGAAUAGGAUUCAUGAUGAAGAAGAUGAAAGGGUAGACCUUUCUUUGGAGCUUGAUGCACAGGUGCAAGAUCAAAACUGUGAAUCCCAAGUGCAUACACAAAAUGCUCAAAGUACACUGAUCACUACUUGGGAAGCUGGUUGGAAUGUUACUAAUGCUAUUCAGGGGAUAUUUGUUCUAGGCUUGCCAUAUGCUCUGCUCCACAGUGGAUACAGUGGGCUGCUUCUUAUUAUCCUUGCUGCAAUCUUCUGCUGCUACACCAGCAAAAUUCUUAUCGCUUGCCUCUAUGAGGAAAAUGAAGAUGGGCAGCUUGUGCGAGUGAGAGGCACCUAUGAAGACAUCGCCAAUGCUUGCUGCAGGAGGUUCUUCCCAAAACUCGGGGGCAGACUGGUCAACGUGACCCAGAUUACGGAGCUGAUCAUGACGUGCAUUUUGUAUUUGGUUAUCAGUGGGAACUUGCUGUCCCACAGCUUUCCGGCUUUACCGAUGACCGAGAAAACCUGGGCCAUUAUUGCGUUUAUAGGUCUGCUGCCCUGCGUGUUUAUCAAAACCUUGAAAGUUGUAUCCAGGCUCAGUUUGCUCUGCUCCUUCGCCCAUUUCAUCACCAUAUUUAUAGUGAUCGCUUACUGUUUGACCCAAAGGCAUCGUUGGUCUUGGGCAAGGCUCAAUCUGUCGGUAGAAUUUGAAAGUUUUCUGAUUGCAGUGGGUGUGAUCAUUUUUAGUUACACUUCGCAAAUUUUCCUUCCAACCCUUGAAGAAAGCAUGCAAAAUCCUGGAGAGUGUAGGUCUAUGUUGAACUGGACCCAUUUCUUGGCUUGCGUACUCAAGAUAAUCUUGGCAAUAACGGCACUGCUAACAUGGGGAGAAGAAACAAAGGAGGUUAUUACGGACAACCUUCCUUCUUCCUUACAGACUUCAGUGAACUUAUGUCUCUUGGCCAAGGCACUCUUGUCCUACCCAUUGCCCUUUUUUACAGUCACACAAAUAUUGCACGCUUAUGUAUCACCUAGGGACAAAGACGACUAUAAAUCGCCAUGGCUUGCCAUACUUUUAAAAAUUGCCCUCCUCCUAUUGACUCUCCUGAUGGCCAUGUUCAUACCACACUUUGUCCUUCUUAUGGGUCUAACUGGCAGUGUUUCUGGUGCAGCUAUGACCUUCCUCCUUCCUUCUUUUUUCCACUUAAAGCUGAAAUGGGAAAAGCUGAUGCCUUUUGAGAAAUGUGCAGACAUAUCAGUGUUUAUCUUGGGUAUCUUCUGCACCUUUGCUGGCCUUGUGUGCUCAAUAAAAAGCUUAUUGAGAGCUUUGGGAUAA